UCAGUUGGAAAUUGAUCAUGAUACAAAAUUUGAAAAAAAGUAUUGAUUGUGAAAUGAAUUCAGGAAGUUAAAUUAAGGCAAGAGGUACUUGUUGGUGGCUUAUAUGGCAUAGUUGAAGUUUUCCUGGAAAUGUGAAUUACAAUUUUUGGUUUUGUUUUUUCAUUUUGAGUCGCUCUAAGAAUAAAACUAGAAAUGCGUGAAAGUAUAUAUUAGAAAAAUUGGACUUUUCAGUGGUUUUGUAAGAGGAUAUUACUAGUUUACUUUGGUGAUAAAGACGAAAUGGCUAAAUUCUUAAGGCUUUUUUUCACACAAUAAACGUCUAAACACCAUGGCCUGGAAAGGCACGUUUCACCUCGUUGGUGGCCUGACUUGUUCAAGACUCGCGCCUUUGACUUCUCAAUAUUUUUGACCAAUCAAAAUGUAAGCAAUAAUUCGCUCCGAUGAUAUUCCAAGAUGGUGGACCACAGACAGAUUAAUGUCUUGGCAAGCUGUUGAGUUGUAAUACAGUGAACAGGUCACUCACCCAUUAGCCACAGAGCAAAUUCCUGAACAUUUGGGAGCAUCCAGGGCUCCACGUGGGACCAGCAUGGAUCAGCUUGAUCUAAACAUAGGCCAGCUGAAAGAUCUUCAUCUUCCAGAAAUAACCCUGUUAAAUCUCAUAUCUUGGACUGCCUCAGGAGCAAUGAUAUUUGGCGGUGUGGUGCCUUUUAUACCUCAGUACCGGGAUAUUAGGAGGACUAUGAAUGCUGAUGGAUUUUCCACUUUUGUCUGUUUGACAUUACUUAUUGCAAAUAUUCUUAGGAUAUUAUUCUGGUUUGGUAAGCAUUUUGAGCUGCCUCUAUUAGCACAGAGCAUAGUAAUGAUAUUCUGUAUGCUGUCUAUGAUUGAGCUGUGCGUACGUGUGAAAAAUAGGUCAGAAAUUUUGCAAGGAAAACCUAGAACUUUGACAGAGAGUAAGCGUAGUCGCAGUGAUGAACAUAUAAAUCAUGCCGAUUUGGCCAUACGGAUGCCUCACCAAAACCCUGUGGUUCGUACUCUCACUGAUUUUGAGCUCCAGUACUUUUGGAGAUGGACAGACUUUGGCAGCUACAUCGAGUUCCUCCUGUUGUUUAGUUUACUGGUGGGCUUCAUCACAUAUAUAUGUAUAGACAUCAAGAUUGUUAUAGAGUUUAUAGGCUUUUCUGCAGUGUUUGCAGAGGCCAUGUUAGGAGCACCACAGUUUCACAGGAACUGGGAGAAAAAGUCCACAAUAGGAAUGAGCAUCAAAAUGGUCUCAAUGUGGACGUGUGGGGAUGUUUUUAAGACAGUAUACUUCAUCCUUCGUGAGGCACCUCCGCAGUUCUGGAUAUGUGGGUUAAUCCAAGUGUCCAUAGACAUUGGCAUCUUAUUCCAAGUUUGGUACUAUAGACACUACCCACAGCUGGCCAAGCCCGCUGUCCAAUAGCCUCUGGUCAAACUGAUAUUUAUUUUAAUUUUUAAUGUGUCUCCUAGUAGGGGACAUGGGCCAUUCAGAAUUUUUAUAGUUUAGGAAUGAGCUGAUUAUGCAGAAUUUUAAUAUGAUACAUGUGCGAUUUUGUUUCAACUGUGACAUUGUUAGUUGAGUCUUGGACAUAAUAUUCCUAAUUUUGUCCAUGGUUGAGUUGAAGUUUGGUAGUUUACCGGGUUCAGCUGAGAUGUGCUCAUAAACCAGUGACAUUUCCUGGGUGCUUCCAGUGUGAAAGGCCAGCAUUGGUGAUGCAUUUUCUUUUACCAUAAGGUGUUAUGUACAUGCAAAUGGUUUGAGCAGCUCAUGGUCAUUGUGUGCAAUGUGUCAGCACUCUCCCCCCUCCCCCAACCUUUACCCAAUCCCUUAAACUUUCUUUAUAAAUAGGUUUUUAUAUAAGAAAAUGUCGAUUCUCAUCUAAAAAAAAGAACUUCUCUUACUAACUUGUUAAGGGUGUACAUGUAAGAUCUGAAAUGUCCUUUCAGAACCACAUUAAUUUUUUAUUAAAAGUAACAAUUUUUACUCACCAAACAUUCAGUGUUCACUGGCUGGCUCUAAACAUAUUCAUUGUAACAGUUAUAAAGACACUUGCUUUUGGUCAUUGUGAUUUUAGACAACCAUUUCAUUUUAUAGAUAAAUUGUUAUUGUCACUUGUGCAUUUAUUUAUUUUUUUCCUUUGUCCCUAAUACUGAUAUCUGUGCUUUUUACAGUACACAAAGAUGUCAAAAAUUCUCAUAGUUUAUUAAAUAUUUCAUGGGUUGUUUUCCCCACCAGCAGCUGUAGAGAUAUUUCUUAUUCGGCUUGUAGUUUAAGAUAUCACUGGCUGAUAUUAAAUACUGCUUGUGAUGAUGUUUAAUAAGAAGUUAGAAAACUGUUUACAGGGAGGGACUAUGGGAUGUAUUACAAAAGUCUUUUACAUUAAACUUGCAUAGGUACAUUGCAGAAUGCAAACAGAUAUUUGAUUUGUGGCAGUGUUCUGGCUAGUAAUAGUUUGUUUCAGAUAGUCAAGAAAAGGUUUGUAUCUUAAUAUAUCUAAAUUUUGAUUUAUGAUUCUAAAUGUAGAAUAGGAAAAUGUUGUGUAAGGUUGAUGAUCAUAAUACCAUUCCUUAUAAAUAAUCCUUUCAGGGAAAUGUUUUAUAGUAACAUUUUGUCCAGAUCUGUGCUGCAGAUGAGAUGAGAAAGGCAUUAUAUAGGGCAGCUGUUACCUCAAAAAAUUAACUUUUUGAAAAAACGUAGUCUUCACAUCGACUUCCUAAGAGAGAACACACACUAAAUUAUAGAUUUUCUUGAAGUGACUGUAGUGUGUAUUUUAUAUGUAAUCAGUGUUUGCCUCUUAGGAAAAUCAGUUGCUGGACCAAAAGUUCAGCCAUCUUGAAAUGUAGCUGGCUCGAAUGCCUGCCAGGUGGGAAAACUUCUUAGCCCGUUCUGAAAGUUGUCAGUGUUAUGUACAACUUUCAGAAGGGGCUGAGAAGUUUUCAGCCACGGGCAGAUGGUCCAGCGUUAAUUUCUAACACUGUAUGUAAUGAUACAUAUGAAGAUUUUAAAGAAAUAGAAUAUUUUUUCUACAUGGAUUUUGUGGGUUAUGUGUAUGUCUUAUAAACAUGGUUUUGUGUUUGUUCAAUUAUUAAUGCAUUCAUUGCAUCAUGAUGAUGGCAUUGGUGGUGUCAAGCUAGCUUUAAUUAUAAUAACAUAAAAAUCUUUCACUGCGUCACCAGUGUGUGUACUGAAAUUUAAAGAAAAAAAUGCAUAAAUAUUUUUUUUUACAGCCAGAAGACAUAACCUACAACAUCAGUUCAAAUAUAUAUUCUGGUUUGAACUAAUUGGUUAUGUAUUAGUUUACAUGUUUAGAAAUUCAACACAAUGUUUUAAGGAGUCAUUAUAGUGGGUAUUUUAGUGGUGCUCUUCAAAUGCAAGUAUCUUAUUUUUUAUCCCUCAGAAUUAUUUAGAUUUGGAGCCCAAAUGAGUGUAACCUAAUUGUCUCUGUCUGCCAGUGGCUUUGGAGGCUGCAGUUUGCUCCAUUGUGCAAUUUUUUGAAAGAAUACCAAAUGACCUCAGUUGUGAGAUUUUUUAGACACUAAAAAUUUUAAAAAAUUGGCAAAAUGAAAAGGAUAGCUCUAGUAGAUGGCUGCUUGGGUUAAAGUAGAUAUGGCACAAGGAUACUGUAAUUACCCAAUCUUUUCAAUGGGGGAAAAUUGUGAAUUUUACAGACACUGUAUUUAUAAGACAGAAUUUCUUAAAAUUCAAGCAUUCCUAUCGAGUAGUAAUAACAAAAUAAAAGAAUUGACUACUCUAUACACCACAACUGCUGUGUAAUUAUAUUAUACUUGUGAUUAUAAAAUUAUGUAUCACAAAAUUUGAUCAUUUUUGCCCAUUGAAAAGAUGAAGUAAUUACCAUGAUGAUACUUGUUGAGGAUUUAGUUGAAUGUAAAAACAAGCAGGGAUAGACUAUUGCAGUAAGCUGCAGUUACGGUUGCGCUUGAUUUUUGCUCAUAGAACCAUGACUACAGCCAGAAUUUUUACAAAGGGCUUGUCCAGCUUUGAAACUCUUUCACAAAAUAAGUUCCUUUUGUCCCAAUCCCGUACCACAUGCUGGACUCUUUAACCAUCUAAAAUAUAGCCUAGGGGUUGGAUCGUAACAUGUUCACUUUACUAUUUAUGCAAAAUACAAAACAUUAUGAUAAACAUUGAA